UUUUUACCAUUUCUAGAUUUUUUUUUCUAUAUACUUUCUUCUAUCAAAUGAUUAAAAAAUCAAUGUGAAAUUAUAUUUCAUGAAAAAUUUAUUCUUUUCAUUGUUGGUAAAUUCACAUUAUUGUUAAACGUUAAAGUUGUCUAAAAAGAGUUACACAUGAAUAUUGGAAACAAAUUAAAACUUGGAGUGAAUGUGGAAUAUCGAUGUUAUAGAGAUAUUGUUGUGAAGUGUGUACUAUCUUGAAAAAAGAAAAACAAUUACUAUCACAUUAAAUGGUAUGUAAUUCACCCGUAUGCAAACGAUUGCAUACGUUCCUGAAGGUAGUCGUCUGCUGUGACGCGGAACAAAAUGGCGGCAGCUAAUGAAGUGCCGGCAGAAAUCAACCAAGGUGGCAUGUGUACUACUGAAAACCAGACUUCAAAAAUGGAAUCAAUGGAUGUUGGAGAAUCAGCUCCUGUAGUAGCUACAAAUGCUAGUAGCAUGCCAUCAUGCAAAGAAUCUGUAUCUGUGGAAGAUAUGACAUCUAGAGAUUAUUACUUCGAUUCUUAUGCUCAUUAUGGAAUACACGAAGAAAUGUUAAAGGAUGAAGUACGAACUAUGACAUACCGUAAUUCCAUGUACCACAAUAAACAUCUUUUUAAAGGAAAAACGGUUUUGGAUAUAGGCUGUGGUACAGGUAUAUUAUCCAUGUUUGCAGCAAAAGCUGGAGCUGCCAGAGUUAUUGGAAUAGAAUGUUCCAAUAUUGUUGAGUAUGCAGAAAAAAUUGUGGAGGCCAAUCAACUUUCAAAUGUGGUAACAAUUUUGAAAGGCAAAGUUGAAGAAGUUACUUUACCAGAUAACAUAGAAAAAGUAGACAUAAUUAUAUCCGAGUGGAUGGGCUAUUGUUUAUUUUACGAAUCUAUGCUGGACACAGUGCUUUUUGCUAGAGAUAAGUGGCUACGCGAAGAUGGAAUGUUAUUUCCUGACAAAGCAACUCUAUUCAUAUGCGGCAUAGAGGAUAGACAAUAUAAGGACGAAAAAAUUAAUUGGUGGGAUGAUGUAUAUGGCUUUGAUAUGAGUAGCAUAAGGAAAGUAGCGAUAAGCGAACCAUUGGUGGAUAUCGUAGAUCCAAAACAAGUAGUAACAAAUGCAUGUCUAAUCAAAGAAGUUGAUCUAUAUACUGUAACAAAGGCCGAUUUAGAAUUCUCAUCACCAUUUACUCUUCAAGUUCGUAGAAAUGAUUAUGUUCAAGCGCUAGUUACAUUCUUCAAUAUCGAAUUCACUAAGUGCCACAAACGAAUUGGCUUUAGUACAGCGCCUGAAGUGCAAUAUACGCACUGGAAGCAAACAGUGUUUUAUUUUGAUGAAUACAUGACAGUAAAAAAAGGAGAAGAAAUAUAUGGUGUAUUUUCUAUGAAGCCCAAUGCAAGAAAUUAUAGAGAUCUGGAUUUCAGUAUCGAGUUAGACUUCAAGGGAGAUUUGUGCGAAAUUCAUGAAACAAAUACGUAUCGCAUGCGCUGAUACCACCUGUGAGCUUCUCUAUCUUCUUUUACUACAAUAGUUCUUCAGACUGUUUAGUGAAAUCUGAACUUAAAACCUUGUUAUUAUUAUUGAAUUGUGCUAAUCAUUUAACAUAAUUAUUAACAGUACAGUAAAAGUACGACAAAAUAUAUUUUAUUCCUUUUUUACAACUUCAAUAAAAUUUAAUAAAACAGUGUCAUCAUUUUUACACAUUUGUUGUAUGCUUUAUUUCUGUUAAAAGCAAAACGAUAUAUAGAUUUAUAUAUGUAGUAUUAUUGCUUACAUAAUAUAUAUUCUUGUACCAUAUUAUUGGAAACAUCUCUUUAAAAAUGAAUUCAAAGUUGUGUGCUCUUCCUGAAUGAAUAAUACAUAACGAAAUACUAUUGAUACAUAAGUGCUGUUUAUUUAGAAAAAUAUUUGAAAAUUGCAAUCAUUGAGUCAAUAUACAGUGUACAUAGAAUCAAUAUUCCACUAAAAUAUUAUUUUAUUUCUUUUUUUAUUUUUUAUUUUUUAUUUUUUUUUAACAUUAUCAUACAUAUGUAGGAAUUUCAUAUAAAUAGUAUUUAUGUUUAAAAAAUGACUUGUCAGAAUAAAAGCAUACAAACGUAAUAUACUCUGAUAGAAAAUGAAUUUUCAUGCAUAACGAAAAAUACAAAUUGACUGUAUUUAAUAUUUUAUAGUAAGCAAAAAACAAAUACAUAAAGACAAAGUGUAACUCGUCUUUGUGAUAUUCAAUAAAUUAUGAUUGUGCGUGAAAAUUCUAACGUUCUAGUAUUGCCUAUGAAUUAUGUACUAGUAACGAAAUUCCCUUAAUCAAUAUUUCUACUUUCUGUUUAUUUCAUUUAUACUAUCAUUGUUUGGAUGUUUCCAUUUAAGUAUAUAAUUUACUCGAAAUAUGGUUACAAAGAUAAUAAUAUAAAAUUAAGAUAUAUAUUUAGUA